CCGAGCCCUCCUCCUGCCCCGCGACUCCUUCCUCCCCUCGAUCUGCCAGCACCGCCGCCGGCCGCCGCCGCCUCCCUUGAAGCCCAGCGUCGCCACCUCCCCUCGACCCGUUUCGAGUCCGGCGCCGCUGCCUCCCCUCAGUCAUCUCCUCCUGAUCCAGUCGCCGGGAAGGACCUCGCCAGGAUGUACCGCCGAAGCCGCCGACGAGGAGCAGCAAGGCCCGUCUCUGGAUCAAUCUCUUCCGCCUCCAUCAAGCCCCUCCUGCAGAUCUCGAUCUGAUCUGUUCUUGCUCUGUUUCCUUUACACUGCAGAUCCAAACAGAAUGAGUGCCACACAGACCUAGCAGCUAGCUACCUCUGAAGGAACAAAAACUUGCGGCCAUCAUGCCAGCAGCACUGCCGCCGACGCUCCCUGAGGAGCUUGUCGAAGAGAUCCUCCUCCGCAUCCCGCCCGACGAGCCUGCCGGCCUCCUUCGCGCCUCCCUCGUCUGCAAGUCCUGGAGCCAGGCCGUCUCCCAUCGCGGAUUCCGGCGCCGCCUCCAGGAUUUCCACCGGGCACCCCCCGUGCUCGGGUUUCUCCAUGAUUGGGACGACGAGGACAUCCCCGACUUUAUCUCCGCCACUGUGUCGCCCUUCUCCCUUGCUGUCCCAGACAGCUGGCUCUGGCAGGUCGUUGACUGCCGCCACGGCCGCGCACUCUUCCUCUCUGAUGACCCUUAUCCUGAGGAACUCCUGGUGUGGGAGCCAAUCACGGGUUCCCAGCAGCUUGUGCCAGUGCCCGUGAUGUCUGAUAUCGGCCGCACAACCGCCUCAGUGUUCUGCGCAGCAGAUGGGUGCGACCACUGCAACUGCCAUGGGGGCCCUUUCUGCGUUGUCUUUGUCUUCUCCGUCGACAGCGAAGAUCCUGACGACGGGGAAUAUGACACGGCAGCAUGUGUAUACUCGUCAGAGACCGGUGCUUGGGGCGAGCUGACCGUGAUGCAUGGGGAGUUCUACAUGCACUUCACAUAUUCUUCCAGUGUGCUUGUUGGGGAGUCUUUGCUCUACUUCAUGACUGAUGGUGGGUUGAUCCUGGAGUAUGACAUGGCAAUGCAUGGGCUGACUUGGUUCAAGGCACCAUACUCUUGCUACUCUAAGGGUAUACCCAGUUACAUUCUCAUGCCGGCAGAGGACGGUGGACUGGGACUCGUUGAAGAAUUGGAUCCGCAUCUGAAAUUGUGGUCAAGGGAGAUGACUGAUGCCCGAUGGAUACCCAGCCGGAUUAUCAACUUGGGAAGUUUGUCUCUAAAUGGUGCUCAAAUGGGUGCAACAUGUCCGGUCCACGUGUUGGGCUUUGCGGAGGGAGCAAACGUCAUUGUCGUGACCACUGCUGCCGGCCUCUUCAGAGUUCAAGUCCAAUCAGAGGAGAUAACCAGGGUGUGCGAUGAUCAUGGAUAUGGUAACCUGAUUCCUGUUGUCGGCUUCUACACUCCUAUGCCCCAAGUGGCAGCAGCUGAAGCUUAAGCUGGUGGGUCGCAUUGAAAAUGGUGAAUCCUGGAGUGCGGCCUGAUCGACAGAGGUGGAGUUGGCCUUGUAUGUCCCUCACAAUUUUUGCCAUCUAUCUGAACUUGUCGUGGGUCGAGGAUCUUGUUAAGCCACUGGGCCUUUUGGUCUUUUCCUUGAAAUUACACCAAACAUAUUGUUUUAUUUUCUCUUGGAGUCACCAUGCUUUCUCAAAUAUGCACAAUCCUCACUCUGAACCCACCUAUUCUAGGACAGGCUGUGCCAGAUCUUCUCAAUUCUGGGGAGCCUUGCAUGCCAUAAAAAGAUGGUUUAAGUCAGGGUUGGCUUAUAGGGUGGGAAUU